UGAAUGUCACGUCUCUUGUGUGAUAAAGGAAUAUAUUGAUGUAGUUUAUUGGAAGUAUAAAACGUAGGUUAAUCUCGUGGAUGUCAUCGUCCCGUACAGUUGAUAUUAUUACAGGUGCCCGCUGAUUCACAGAAACAUGUAUUAGAAGGUACGGCUUAUCGCUGAUUGAUAGAAAGACUUAUUAAUAGAGUCGUGUUGUGAUAAAUUUAGUCUUCUGUGGAGAUAACGUACAACAGUUGUGGAGAAGACGUUAAACUUGACGUUAAGUGCUCAACACCUAGAUAGAUGGUAUUGUUGCUGAUACUUUUAAAUACAGGUUCCAAAGAGUAGUGCUAUACGCCCUUUAAGAACACAACUAACCACUUCAAUGAUACUUUGAAUACAAACGACUAAUGAAUCAAGUUAAUUGAUCCUAGACUCGAUCGGAGAAGUAAAACACAUUAUUCUAAACAUUGACUAAUUGUGACAAGUGCGUGGUUCCUAUUGUAUAUUGUGGAUAGCUAUUGUGAGUGGUAAUAUAACAACGUUAGGGUCGUGUACAACACAGAGUAUGCUGGCAUCUCUAGAACACCUUAUAAUUUAAACGUCAAUUGUUGUUAAUGACAGGUGAAGUGCACGUGGUAGUUCAUGCUGACAUCUCUAGAACACCUUAUACCAAUCAUCAUGUGUAUCGGACGUUCACACCAUUGAUAUAAAGAUAUAUUCACGUUGUCAGUGCAUCCAAAAUUGAUCCAUAACUGAAUAUUAUAUAUCGAGACUGUGGGGACUGUGUCCAUUAAGAUCUGUUCUCCAAAUGAACUUUAUUUUGUAGAAUGUAGGAUCGUAUCUGUUGUCAAGAAUUGUUCGAUAGAUUAAUGUUUAUAACUAAGUACCUCAUUAGACUGUGAGAUCGUGUCUGUCGAGAACGGUUCCACUGAUUAACUUUGUGUGGUAGAGUGUGGGACCUUGCCUGUUACUGUGUCAAGAAAUUGUUCUAUAAAUGAACGUUCAUACCCGGCGCUGGUGUAAAGUGUAGGGUCGUGUUUAUCAAGUAUUGUACCACAAAUUAACUUGUUUGUUACUGUGUCAAGAAUUGUUCCCCAAAUGAACUUUAUUUUGUAGAAUGUAGGGUCGUGUCUAUCAAGUAUUGUGCCACAAAUUAACUUUGUGUUAUAGAGUGUGGGACCGUGCCCCUGUUUGGGACCGUUCCCCUGUUUGGGGCCGUUCCCCUGUUUGGGACCGUGCCCCUGUUUGGGAUCGUGCCUGUAUUUGUUACUGUGUCAAGAAUUGUUACCUAUAUGAACUUUAUGUACUGAGUGAUGUCGUGGGGUGUGGGAUCGUGCCUGUGUUUACUUUAUUAAUAUAUAAUUAGUGGAGAUACUACCAAUAGAUGGCGGUAUAACAUCAAAGGUAGAGGUAAAAUCAAUACCUGUGUUAUGAUAUAGACGGUUUACCUGACUUGACUCUAUAUACCUGGAUAAUCUGAGUAUAGUUUCAUACCUUUACAGGAUGGUGUUUCUGAUAUGAUAAAAUGGGUUGUGAUUCUAGCAAGCAGUCUUUACCUACAUACCCCCCCUGAACAGCAGGAGGAUGGUGGACCUGGAUUCACUGAAACACAGAUAGAUACCAUUCGAAGCACGUGGCCGUUGCUAUCACGUGACAUGCUACGUGUAGGAACGGAAGUGUUUAUAAGAAUAUUUACGGAACUUCCAUCCAUCAAAAUGUCUUUUUUUUGUUUCAGAAUUCAAGAUGUCAAUGAUUUACACCAACAACCGACAUUUCGACGUCACGCGGGAAUCUUUAUGCAAGUGAUACAAUUAGUGGUGGACAAUUUAGAAUCUUCGUACAACGGUCUACACCAAGAAAUAAUGGUGUUAGGUGCUCGUCACGUGACUUUCAGAGGAUUCAAAGUGGAAUAUUUUAGUUUUUACGUGAAAUGUUUGAUCCAAGUCUGGGAACUAGAACUAGGAGAAGAAUUCAUAUUGGAAGUUCGAGACUGCUGGAAAAUAUUAUUCGAUUAUCUAGUCGUUCACAUGACGGAAGGAUAUGAACUAGCCUUAAAGGAUUCGGUUGCAAAAUCUUCAACACAGAACGGCAAUGGCGUGAAGAGGUUGACGAUUGACGACAAAUCGCAAAAUGGCGCGAAAACGUCACAGAAUGGAAAUUCAACGUCACAGAAUGGAAAUUCAAAGUCACAGAAUGGAAAUUCAACGUCACAGAAUGGAAAUUCAACUUCACAAAAUAAGCCAAAAACUUCACAAAUUACUGCUAAAAAUAACUGCAUUUUGGAAAAAAAGAAUAGUUCGUUAUGCGAGGUUCGAAUUACUACGUAAUGUCAUGUAGUACUAAAUACUCACUCGUUUGUGAUGUUUUAAAAACAAAACCAAUACAUCAUUUUAAAAACAACGACGUCUCAUAUUCAUGUAAAUACUCGAACACCUGCCCGGAAAUAACGCAUUGAUUACAGAUAUUAUUAGGCACAAAUUCAGACACAAUUCAUUCCGGGUGUCUCACAUUUUAUCCGGCAAUGAGUUGUUUGUUUUUUGUUUUUUUUCUGUGUGUGUUUUUUUAAUGUUUUUUUUUUAUCAAUACAUGUCCGACACAGACUUUACAAUACCGGAUACUAAUUUAGUUAAACCAUUAUUUUCAUGACUGUAGCGAUAAAACAUUAUUUCUUACAGACUCCCCGACGACGCUUGUCUGUUUUUAUGAAUGUUAUCAUGAAGACAUGUACACCAAAACCAAUAUUCCCAGGCCUGCUCGCAAACCAUACCCAACACAUAGGCAGGCCUGCUCGAAACCCCUUAUUGCAAAGCCUGCUCGAAGAUCAGCAUUCUCAGGCCUGCUCGAAAACCAUGGACGAACACUAGUCUACUAAAACCACCACUGCCAGACCUGCUCGAAACACAUUAUUACCAGACCUACUCGAAACACAUUCUUACCAGACCUGCUCGAAACACAUUAUUACCAGACCUGCCAAAAACACAUUAUUACCAGGCCUGCUCGAAAUCCAUUAUUGCAAAGCCUGCUGGAAACCUAUUAUUGCAAGGCCUGCUAACAAAACAAACUUGAUAUUAAAGGGAUAUUAUAUAUUGGCAGUGGUGACAUGAACCUGGGACAACCGGUUGAAAAUAUCACUAGGGCUAAUUCAACAGUGAAAAGGGAUCAUAAUUUGGUCAGAGUCCGCUACACUCACACAAAUACAAUGUGUAAAUCAAAAUGGAUGGAUUUUGAAUUUGAUUAAAAUGAAGCGUAGUAAAUACUUUUUAAAAUUCGCGAAGCAUAGUUAGUGCUUCCAAUUAAAUUCGUCGACUUAGGAAUCAAAAUGUCGGUCAAGGAGCUUCGUGUCUGUUCUCAAACGGAACUAAUUGUAGACCGACAGAAUUAGUUUAGUAUACAUGUCGAUAUGUGAUGUUAGAACAUGUACGUCGGGCUUCUCAAGUUUAAAUCUGAUCUAAAAUGGUAAUGGAUCAAUCUUGACCUGUUGAACAUUUAGAUAUCUCGAUCUAUUUUUUGGAUAUGCCCAGCUGACGUCAUUUGCGGCAUCAUGAAUAAAGAUACUUCAUUCGAUUUUUCCAAAGAGCAGCCGGAGAAAAAACGUAUUUGUUUAGUGGUUGCUUUUCCGGAUAAAGUGCGCUGUGUGGUGAGAGAAGAGAGAGAAAUGUGGUUUAACGUCCACUCGACACAGACUAGCUUAUUUCGGGACUAACACAUGGUUCAAUUUUAUUUCAAUAAUUCGCUUGCGCGUAGGGGUCUUUAGCAGUGGGAGGAAACCAGAGGACUUGGAGAAAACCCAAAAGGUUGGACAGACGACCCUACUCCUUGUCACGUACAACCGGGUAAUCGAAACCACGGCAGUUGACUCAAUGACAGACCUUAUGAUACAACGCACACGCGUUGUGUGGUAUUAACUCAGUUAUAAAUCAUGUGCGUCACCUUGGGUUGAAUCAUGACUGGUGGUCAGAGCUCCCAGACUUUAUGUUUCUCGUCCACGAGCAUAAAUAGUACAAAUAGAUGGAUUUUCAGGGUGUGUCCACGGAUUUUCAGAAUGUGUCCACGGAUUUUCAGAACGUGUUUACGGAUUUUCAGAAUGUGUCUACGGAUCGAAAUGUGUGAACUGUGUCUACGGAUUUUCAGAAUGUGUCUACGAAUUUUUAGAAUAUGUCUGCAGAUCAUAAUAUGUCGUCUACGGGAUUUCAUAUUUAAUGUGUCUACUGAUGUCUACUGAUUUGUAUAAUGUGUCUACUGAUUUGUAUAAUGUGUCUACUGAUUUGUAUAAUGUGUCUACUGAUUUGUGUAAUGUGUCUACGGAUUAUUAUAUUGAGGUGUCUGUGGAUUUAUAUAACGUGUCUUUUACGGACUUUUUAAUUUCAUUACAAAAUUUAAAGCACAGCUUUGCUUCGUUAAAAUUUGUGAAGGGCAUUUUCUUGUUCCAGGUCAUAACCUGGUUUAAAUC